UUUCUCUCUCUCUGCUGAAAAGGCGUGGAAGAGACUUCUGAUGAGCAGCUGUGGGAACUGAGCAUUCAGACCAGAGUCAGUGAAUCUGCUCAGCAGCUCUACCAGAGCGGCAGUCAUUCAACAAAGAGGACAGUUCGUCUUAAGACGCUCUGGGAAUUAACACACCAUCAAGAUCAAACACCUUGAUGUGAAGGAUCAAGCUAAAAUUUCCCUUGGACUUUUGACUUUUAGUCAAAGAAAAUCUUAUUGAGAAGGAGAAGCGCAUCUUUUAACAAAGAUGGGAUUUAUCCAUUUCUUCUUCAACAUAAUCGUGGUAACCCUGCUUGUAACCAGCGUCUGUGCGACCAAAAUAAACGUGCCACGGCUGAGACUCUCCUAUAAAGAUCUGCUGUCCACCAACAGGUCAUCCAUCUUCAGUGGCCAUGAUGGCCAGCUCUCUCUCAGUGCUAUCUUUCUUGAUGAGUACCGCGAUCGGCUCUUCCUGGGUGGUAAAGAUGUCCUGUACUCUCUCAUGCUGAGUCCCGUCAGCAGCGAAUCCAAAGAGAUCCACUGGCCUCCUUUACCUGGAAACAGAGAAGACUGCAUUCAGAAAGGGAAGGAACAGACGGAGUGUGCCAACUUUGUUCGCCUUCUGCAGCCAUACAAUCGCACUCACCUAUUGGCCUGUGGUACUGGUGCCUUCCAGCCCAUGUGUGCCUUCAUCUAUGUGGGCCACAGAGGAGAGCACGUGUUCACCAUGAACCCACUGAAUGUGGAGAGUGGACGAGAGAAGGUUCCACAUGACCCCAGCUUCCCGUUUGCGAGCACCUUUAGCGGUGGGGAGUUAUACACGGGACUGACAGCAGAUUUUCUGGGAAGAGACUCUGUGAUCUUCAGGAGCAUUGGAGGUCACACCACCAUGAGAACAGAGACUGACCAAAAACUUCUUCAUGACCCUCGGUUCAUCGCUGCUCACCUCAUCCCAGAUAAUGAUGACAGGGACGAUGAUAAAGUGUAUUUUUUCUUUACCGAGAAGGCCUCCGAGGGAAGGGACAGGGAGGAGGCCAUCUAUACACGAGUUGGACGAGUGUGUGUGAAUGAUGUUGGAGGACAAAGAGUUCUAGUCAAUAAGUGGAGCACGUUCAUAAAAGCCAGGCUGGUCUGUUCUGUACCUGGACCUCAUGGCAUCGACACGCACUUCAACCAGCUUGAGGAUGUUUUCCUGCUGCGGACUAAGGAUGAAAGAAACCCAGAUGUCUAUGCAAUUUUCAGCACUAUCAGUAAUGUCUUCCAGGGUUUUGCUGUAUGUGUUUACCAUAUGGCUGACAUCAGAGAAGCUUUCAAUGGACCCUUUGCUCACAAAGAGGGUCCUAACUACCAGUGGGGUGCCUAUGAAGGCAGAAUGCCUUAUCCAAGACCAGGCGUUUGCCCCAGUAAAAUCACCAACCAGCCCGGCAAAGAGUUUGGCAGCACAAAGGACUUCCCUGACUCAGUGCUGCAGUUUGCCCGCAGCCACCCGCUGAUGUGGCGGCCGGUGCUGCCAGCCCUUCGUCAGCCUGUGCUGGUGAAAGUCAACAUUCCCUACAAGCUGAAACAAAUUGUGGUUGACAGAGUUGAAGCAGAGGAUGGGCAGUAUGAUGUCAUGUUCAUUGGGACAGAUGUUGGCACAGUCUUAAAGGUCAUUUCCCUGCAUAGUGGAAACAGUCUGGAAACAGAGGAGGUCACACUAGAGGAGCUACAAGUCUUUAAAGUACCAUUGCCAAUUACUUCAAUGGAUAUAUCUGUAAAAAGGCAAACCUUAUAUGUGGGCUCUCCAGCAGGUGUGGUGCAGGUGAAGCUGCAUCGCUGUGAGACUUAUGGGAAAGCCUGUGCCGAGUGCUGCCUUGCCAGAGAUCCUUACUGUGCAUGGGACGGAUCAUCCUGCGCACGAUUUGUUCCUAACAGCAAGCGGCGCUUCCGCAGACAAGACGUCAAACAUGGAAAUGCUGUGGUACAGUGUGUGGAUCAGAAUGUUAGCGACGUGGAUGUGACUGAGGACAAAGUUGUAUAUGGAACAGAGAAAAACAGCACCUUCCUAGAGUGUGUCCCUCGCUCACCGCAAGCUUCCAUCACCUGGCUUGUCCAACGCGACGACCGCAAGGAAGAGGUGAAGCUGGAUGACCGUGUGAUGUCAACAGAUCAGGGUCUACUGUUUCGUCAUCUCUUUCGUCAGGAUGAAGGUGUGUACAUCUGCCGCUCUCGAGAGCACGGCUUCACGCAAACCCUUGCCCACAUCACCCUUCAGGUUCUCCAGGGGGACACCGUGGAUGCGCUCAUUGCACGUGACGGCGCCGGCAUAUCUGACACAUUCAAAGACCGGUCCCCAGGAAACCACAGGCCCUGGAUGCCUUGCAGCACAUACAGCAGGGUUCAAAUCGGCCAGUCACGCACAUGGUUUAAGGACAUCAUGCAGCUCAUUGGACCGUCUAAUCUGCCUCACAUUGAGGAGUACUGUGAGAGAAUGUGGUGCAACGACAAGAUCCGCAAGAAACACAAGAGCAUGCUGGAAAAAUAUCGCCAGGCUCAGGAGAGUGCCAGGAAGGCACGCAGCAAAGGAUCUGGAGAACGCAACCGGACACCACGAGACCUGAGAGGACAGGAGGAGUAACAAGGAAAAAUCUGAAGAGAUUAAAUCAAAGAGAAAAAAAAGAUCCUUCAGUUUAGGUUUGUGUCAGGAUGGUUUUGGGAGCCAAAUCAAAGACUGACUUUGUCCAUCAGUGUAUGAGAAUUUGGUGGUUUGGUUUGCAGUAAAUGAAUAAAAUUUUUGCAUUUCAAUGGGAAACAAACAAGCAAAAAUAAGUAGAAUUAAUUCAUUUGAGUAUUUGACAGUAAGCCAUUUUAAUAAAGUUUGUAGGGGCAUGUGAAAGUCAUGGACCUGGCUGUCAGUAAAGACUAAGACAUUAACAACAAAAGGUAACAAGAUUGCUGGACCAUUCAAAAAGGAUGGUAUGUUAAUUAUAUUCCUGGGAUGCUUUUUGAAGUUAGAUUUACCAAGACUUUCUUCGCUCAUAUCAUUCUGUUUUAAUGUUACUGUGAUAGAUAUUUUCAUAGCAUUCUUCACAAAAAAUUUAACAAACUUUGCAAACCUCCGAUUUAUAAAACAAGUGCAUGUCUGUGGGAUUACUUUGCUCAUAGCUGACCUUGAUUCAUGUUUGCUUUUUAUCCCAAGUGUCUUAUGUUUGCCAAUAUUAAACUGUUCAUUGAAUUUUGGUAAAACAUCUCUGAAACGCUCAUGCACCACUCUCCCAUUAAUGUAUGUCUUUCACAUGACCUAAUCAAUGAAUUAGUUUCAUUAUACAUUUAAUGCUUGAUAUUUUAUACCCUCGGAUUAAAUGAAAUGUCUGUCAACUACAACGCUGAACGCAAAAGCUCAACCAACUCAAACCUUCUAUGAGAAGACUGUUGAUGGUCCAACGGAUUAAACAUACAUGGCUUUAUUUUUACUGCUGUGGGAUUAACUUUUCUUUAAACACCAGAUAAAGAUCAAAAGCCCAACUUACCAACACAAAGAUGGAAAAUUCUCUGCGGCAUAUUUGCUUGGUUAAACAACUGUAACAUCUCUUGACACAUGCACAGAAAAAACACUCUACCAAAAUCAUGUGAACAUCGUGAAUGUGCUGCCAAAGGGAAUCUCAACAAUUAAACUUGGGACCUCCAAAGAAGUGCUUUGGUGUCUGGCACAGAGAUGUUCUGCAUAUAUUUGGGUUCCCAUGGGCUACAAGCGUAUAUCAACUUUGGACCUGGCUUUGAUGCCCUACAGUGCUAUGGAUCCUAUGCAGAGCUGAUGAAAGGGGGUUAAAGGUUCAGUCAGUUAUUUGGGUUUUUGAAUGAGUUCAGUGAGCAGGACAUUGUCCAGUUGCAUGCAGCUUUUAGAAUACCAUUGCCAUCUGCUUUUAGCCCAGUCUAUUCCAUUGUUUUGAUGGAUGUUACAACCUAACUGACACAAAGCUUCCCAACAUAACAUGGUGUUGUGUUGCUUUAAUGCAUUACACAUUAGGGCCAAUGCUAUUAAGGUUUUUGGCCUGUUGGCAUGUUUAGGAACCAUGUUAAUUACAUUGAGGUGUAUGCUUGUUCUCUGUAUUUUUGUAUUUUUUAACCAUCUAUUUUCAUUAUUUUUGCAUUUUUAACUAUGUUUAUGCAGCAAAUGUGUAUUAUUGCCCUUCUUGAGACUUAUAUCUUAAGGGACGUUUUCAUUGAAACGACUGGUUUCUUAGGAAGAAAUCAUCAACUGUCAUCAAAUGUAAUGGUCAUGUUUUCUUGUGCUUUCCAUUUUGUAAAUGCUACUUUUUGUUUUUUGAACAAUGAAUUAUCUAAUAUCUGUUGUGUAAAUCUAUUUUUUAAAUAUGACUUUUGUGCUUUUUAACUUAAACCAGAACAGAUCCACCAUUGUAAAAUCAACCUAGAUUUAAAGUGGAAUAGCGGAGAUAGAAGAUAUACCAAAUCAAUAGAUGAAUUGAGAAUUAAAUUAAUAAGCCUUUACUUUGAAAUGAUAAUAAAAAAACUGAUUUGAAAAAGAAAUAUUUUACACUCCUUUAAACCUAGCAAUAAAAUUAAUUUGGUCUCUGUCCUUUAGAAACUGUAGGAUAUAUAUAUAUAUAUAUAUAUUAUCUUUAGUUUACAUCAGGUACAACAUGCAAGAAACAUGUCAGGAAGGAUUAAUCUUUGUUUUUAUGUAUACACAUAAAAACAAGAUUUAAACAGGAAAACAUUUUUUUUUUAAACAGAUCUGUGAAAAUAUUUAUGUAUAUUGCUUACUAAAAGCCAUACCAGUAUUUCAUUAAUAUAAACCACAAACAAAGGCAACAUAAAUUACAAUUAUGUUGUAGCUCGCUUGAGUAAUUCAUUUCUCAAAGUAAAAGCCAAAAUAGGGACAAUAAGGAACAGAGCAAUGAGUUAAAAAGUUAAAAAGAAAGGUACUAUAUGCAUUAAAUGCUAUUUAAAACUCCUGAAAGUCUUGCAAUUUACUGUCCUUAAUUUUCUAUAAACUGUCCCUUUCUAUUAACACUUUUUAUUCUGGUUUGUAGAGCACAACAAAGGAUAUGUGCUAGCUAUGAGACAUGGUGUAAAGAUCGAUCAAUAUCUGUACCCAAACAGACAUAAAAAUACUGUUAAAUUAAGUGUUUUGUAAGUUUUGUUCAUAUAACGUAUUAAUAUGAUCUUCUAAUUUUCUGAACUGUGAUCUGCUGACAUCAAAUAACCUAAUACCUGCUGAUGCAACUGUUAUGUGUGCAAAAGUUGUGUGAAUGUGUUUAAACAAAAUUUUCCAUUUUAAAACAGAACUUCCAGAAAUAAACACUCACUUGGCAGUGCUUUGACACUGAA